UUGCAGAAACCUUUCGUAAAACGAGCUAGCAAAGAGAAAAUAAAACCAACACCAAUUUCAUCUGGAUCAUUGACCGCUCCUUCUUUCCCAACAGAACUGCUAUUCGUACCGCUGGCUCCCACACAAGUAGAGGAAGAUCUUGUUACGCCCAGAGAUAAAACUCCUGAGAAAGUAGCGAGAAGGCACAAAAGAAGGGAUUCAGCUGAACGUACGGAUAGUCGCAAGUUAUUACCAUAUCCGGAGGUAAAACCUCCUACCCUUAGCGAAAAGAGAAGACAUGAGCGGGAGCUGGAAAGGGACAAGAGAGAAAAGAUAGCGUCUGGCUUUUACCAGUCGCGUUCUGACGAAGAUGAUACCCUGGAGAAAGUAAGUAGCCUCAAGGAAGAGUUCACAGAGCGCAGUCGGCGACCACGGACGAAGAGAGAUAGAAAGCUGAAAAAUGAAAAGAAAGAUGAAAAAGAUUCUCUGGUCGAUGCUAUGAAUUAUCCCUCACCUUCUCCUCAUUCUGCCCCUCCUCCUGCUCCUCCUCCUCCUCCUCCACAUGCUCAACCUCCUGCUCUUCCUCCACAACCUACCUAA